GCCAAGAGAGAACGACUUGGGUUUUAGUUUUUAUUUUCUCUCUUGCUCGUGCAAUUUUUCUUCUCCUCUCUCUCUCUCUCUUUCUCUAAUUCUUCGUAGCCAUGAAAGCUCCUCUCCCUUAACACAGGCAGCUUGCUUUCUUCAUGUGGGUCUCGCUCGCUUCUUCUUCGUCCAUGGAGGUGGAGGCAGCACAAGUUAAUGGCUUGAACUAUAUUGACGAGCAAGCAGAUGAACAAUCACUUUCUCCAGAACAUUCUGGUGUUUAUGAUGUUUUUGGUGAUCCGGAUAUAUUUCCUCGAGUGGGUGAGCAGUACCAGGUUGAAGUUCCGCCUUUAAUUUCAAAAUCUGACUAUUACUGGUCUCUGAGGAACCCAGAUGAGGCAGAAAGUACAGCAAGUACUCUCUAUAAGUUUCGAGUAGGGUUACCUAUCCCAAUAAUUUGGAUUAAGGAUGAAGUAGAGAACCAUAGGCACAAUUUGCAGAAAAAUGCAAGCAAGUCAAAUGGAGUUACCAAUAAAAAUGACCUCAAAUGGAUAAAAGAGACCUCAAAUGGUCUGGAUUGUGAUAAAUUGAAGCCUAAACUGGUGGCUGUUGACAGUACAUUGGUCAAUGGAAUGAAAUUGGGAGAAGCAGCAAAUUCCAAUAUGCAGCAAGAAACAAAGAUCGAGAAGCAUAGAGAUAAAGGCCAUUGUCUAGUUCCUGGGUCUGCAUGUGACACCUGGAAUGAAAUUGAAGAGGCCAGUUUCAUCCUUGGCUUGUAUAUAUUUGGGAAGAACCUUGUUCAGGUGAAAAGAUUUAUUGGCAAUAAGAAGAUGGGAGAUAUACUGUCAUUCUAUUAUGGGAAAUUUUAUAAAUCGGACAAAUAUCAAAGAUGGUCUGGAUGCAGAAAAAUGAGAAGCAGAAAAUGCAUUUAUGGCCAAAAAAUUUUCACAGGACCAAGGCAACAAGAGCUCUUGUCUCGAUUACUACCAAUUGUGUCAGAGGAAUGCUACAAUAAAUUAAUUGAGGUGUCCAAGGCAUUUGUAGAGGGGAAAAUGCUUCUAGAAGAUUAUGUUUUAACUUUAAAGGCCUCAGUUGGGCUCAAAGCUCUUGUUGAGGGAGUAGGAGUUGGUAAGGGGAAAGAAGAUCUUACAGGACUUAAUAUAGAUUCUAUGAAGUCCACCCAAGCAAAUCCUGUUCGCCAAGAAAUACCAGUUGGCAAAGCAUGUUCAAUGCUGACACCUUCAGAAAUAAUAAGCUUUCUAACAGGUGAUUUCAGAUUAAGUAAAGCUCGAACAAGUGAUCUCUUCUGGGAAGCUGUUUGGCCUUGUUUACUUGCCAGAGGUUGGCACUCUGAGCAGCCAGAUAGUCAUAAUUAUGCUGUUGCUUCUAAGCAUUCUCUGGUCUUCCUUGUCCCAGGAGUUAAGAAGUUUUCAAGGAAACUAGUAAAGGGGAAUCACUAUUUUGACUCCGUUAGUGAUGUCCUGUGUAAAGUUGCUUCUGACCCUGAGCUAAUUGAGCUGGAGACAGUUGCAGAUAAUGAUGGCACUAGCAAGCAAGGAAAUGGGUGGACAAAAGAUACAAAACUGGACUGCGAAAAUUCCCCUAAUCAACCACGUUACUGCUAUCUCAAGGUAAAAACUCCAAACCGUGGUACUGAUGUCAUGAAAUUUACUGUCGUGGACACAAGUCUGGCUAGUGAAAAGAUGACAAAGGUGAGAGAACUGAGAAGCUUGCCAUUUGAAGUUUUAAAAGCUUGUACUUCUGAAAAUGACUCGGAUGAUGAGAAUACUUCUGAGGAGCAAACAAAUGAAUCCGGGUCUGUCAAUAUGACAUGCUUUGAUAAAGGGAAGAAUGACAUUACUAAAGCCAGUAAAUCUAAUAUUGGUACAGGUGUCUCUUCGCUUUUGAAUGGUUUAGAAAACAAUCUUUCGAAAGAGGAGCUUCCAAGGAGUAGCAUGGGUUCUAGUAGCUUAUCUGCUGCCUGCAAGGGCCAGAAGACAGAAUUGUUGAGUAACACACUCAAAAGAGAUGGUAUGAAGUUCCCAUCACUUCAUAGAAUGGUAUCUGAUAACAAAAACGAUCUAGUCCCGGUUACAAAAAGACGGAGGAGAUUAACUGCCUGUAGCCGUGCAAAGAAAAAUAGUAACACUGCCAAUUUCUUUGUGGUUCCCAGAGUAAAACAAGAUGAGGCCAGUUUUUGUCCAGAUCCAGACAACUCAAAAUCUAGUGCAAAUGUAACUGCCAACUUCUCUGUGGCUCCCGGAGUAAAACAAGAGGAAGCCAGUUACUGUCCUCAAAAGUCAAAGUUUAUUGAGAGUGUUCUUUCAUGGGAAAUACCACCCCAGGAGAUAAAGUCAUCUGCAGGUCUUCCAACCCAGAGUAACGAAAUAUUAGCAGAUCCUCUGUCAAACCCCAGCUCAAUCAUCAAUGGAGAAGCUGUUCCUGACACUAGUUCUUCAGGUGCUAAGGAUCAAUGUGAUAAACCCCAGCCACGGACUAUGAUUGACCUUAACUUACCUGUUUCACCAGAAGUUGAAGCUGAUGAACCUCUUGUGAAUGAAGUGGUUGUGAUGCAGCAAAAUAACACAGGCAAGGAAUCAGAUGAGCUCAGUGUUGGAACAAACUCCAAACUUGGGGAUCACCCUGACCAUCAGCCUGACAUGCACACCCGGAGGCAGAGCACCAGAAAUAGGCCACCAACAACAAAAGUGCUUGAAGCUUUUGCCUUUGGAUAUCUAGACAGAAAGGAGAAGCGCAAAAGCAGAGAUUAUCACCAGGACAGCUCAAUAACAAGACCUUCUCGACGUGUAUCUCGCAAAGUGGCAGGUUCUAGUAUUAGUGGUACUGGUUUUGAAAAGGAGGAAAAAACAGAUGUUAUCUGUAAUGGUAGCCCUAGCAGUGACAGUAAUGUGAUAGACACAGGCUCCAAGUGUAAUGAAGGAUAAAUGAAACUGAGUUUUCAAGCUAAACCUGUUUUCAAUAUUUUUAGAUGGCAGCGCUUGACAAACAAUAUAGUCAGCCUUUUCACUCAUUGAAGUGGUUAUGCACAUCAUGGAUGUUAGAUACAAACUUCAAAGGAAGUGUUUUUAUAGCAUGGUAUUCAAGUCUUUUCUGUCCAAGAGAAUGUACUAUAAACUACACAGAGAAAUUCCUCUGGUCAACUCAGCUUAGCAAUCAACAGAAUCUGAGGUUUCUAGUAGUCUCCUGGAGUUCAGGUUUUAUGCUUUUAUCAUUUCUUAGUUGUAGUGCCAGUCUUCGAUUUCAGACAAGGUUUCACGGAACACUUGCUGCCCCCUAUUGAUCAGGUGAUUUGUCAAUGCUGCCUGGUUAUGAACAGAAUACAUAGUAAGCCAAAUGCACAUUAGGACUGUAGUUUUUUUUUUCCUUUUUGGUUAUUAUUUUGGGUUACUUAGAUUUUUAACCUCUUCGAUUUCUGUCAAACUGGUGACAGAAUAAAGGAAAAGGAGCAGUUGCCAUAGGCUUUUCCCCUGUAUGGGUGUGUCCUCCUAGGUCAUGACUCCAAACAUUCAUUAUACAUGCAUAUAUGAUGUGAUUUCAUCAUAAUUAAUUGCUGGUUGUUUGAA